CUGCUUCCCCGGAUGCCGUCAGGUGACGGCAGUGCUCGGUGACGGCUUCCCGCGCCGAGCCCGAUGCUUGCAGCUAACAUAGCGCCGCGCCGCGACGGCUUUCGCGUAGUGGACCAUUUUGCUGUGUCCGUGUGAACUAAUCUUGUCCUGUGUGUGCGCCUGCCUCACGUGGAUUUCCCGUCGUGGCCGCUAGGCAUUUUGUGCCGCAUGAGCAGACAGCGUGGUACUUGUAACCUGCGUAAACAUGAGCGCGUUCGGCAUGCUCGCAAGGCACUAUCACCUGCGGCGGAUUCUUCGCUUGCCGAUGCCCAGUGCGUGUGCCCGUAGUGCAUGCACAUCACUGGAUGCCACCAUCGGACUGUCCGAAGAGCAGAUCCAGAUGCAGAAAACUGCUGCCGAGUUUGCUGCCAAGGAGAUGCUUCCAAAUAUGAUGGAAUGGGAUGAAAAGGAACACUUCCCUGUGGAUGCAAUGAGGAAAGCAGCUGGGCUUGGCUUUGGGGCUAUUUACAUUUCAGACGAAUAUGGAGGGUCUGGGCUCAGCCGUCUUGAUGCCUCGGUGAUAUUUGAAGCCCUUGCGAGAGGCUGUGUCAGUACCACCGCUUACAUCAGCAUCCACAACAUGGCCCUGUGGAUGAUUGAUGCAUUUGGGAAUCAUGAUCAGAAGUUGAAGUGGCUUCCCGAGUUGUGCACAAUGGAGAAGUUUGCAUCGUACUGCUUGACAGAGCCAGGCAGUGGCAGUGAUGCUGCCUCACUGGUCACCACAGCCAAGAGGGACGGGGAUGACUACAUCUUGAAUGGCACCAAGGCGUUUGUCAGUGGCUCAGGCGCAAGCCACGUAUACGUAGUGAUGUGCCGAACCGGCGGCUCAGGUCCAAAAGGCAUCUCGACAGUUGUCGUCGAGAAAGGCACACCAGGCCUGAGCUUUGGCAAGAAAGAAAAGAAGCUUGGGUGGAACACACAGCCAACACGGGCAGUGAUCUUCGAGGACUGCCGAGUGCCUGUCUCCAACCGGCUUGGCGAGGAAGGCCAGGGCUUCUCCUUUGCCAUGCUGGGACUCAACGGCGGACGCGUCAAUAUCGCAUCCUGUUCCAUGGGGGCUGCAGCUGCUAGCAUUGACAUAGUAACGGAACACUUGAAGGUUCGCAAGCAGUUUGGAAAGCCCCUUGCCUCUUACCAGAACAACCAGUUCAACUUGGCAACGAUGGCUACUGGGCUGCAGACAUCACGUCUGAUUGUGAGACGUGCAGCGCAGUCCAUAGAUGACAACACUCCAGACAAGAUGACGUUGUGUGCCAUGGCCAAGCUUCAUGCCACGGAAGUUGGUUUUAAGAUCACCAACCAGGCCCUCCAGAUGAUGGGUGGUUAUGGCUUCAUCAAGGAGUACCCCAUCCAGCAGUAUCUGAGGGACCUAAGGGCCCACUUAAUUAUUGAAGGAACCAAUGAAGUAAUGAAGAUGGUGAUAUCAAGGGAUAUAUUGCAAGGCUGAAUACACUCAGUCACCGUUCCCGACCACUUUGUACGCUGCUGAGCCAUGGUGCCAUGGAUGCUAAGGAUUGAAGGAAAAGGGCCAUUAGCCAAUGCAGUGCUGUCAGUGACAUGCAUUACACGCAUACCUGCCAACUCUCAAAAUUUUCAUAAAAUUUAUAAAGUUGAACUUGUUUUACGAUUUCAUGAAUGUUGCAUCAAGAUUUUCAAAAAAUAGGUUCAGUUCUCAGAAAUGUUUUAGAGGGGUCAACGAAUGGGGCGGCGCCAGAUGACAAAAAAGAAAAUGUAAACGAGAAAGAAAUUGUGAUAGCAUCUGUGUCCCCCUUUUAUGGCAGCACAAGCCAUAGCUUACUAGAAGUUCCUGAAACAGGUAAAAUCGGCUACAAGGUUGCUGAAAAAAAUCACUGAUCAAAAAGUUGUUUUGCUUGUCAUUCUAACAGUAAAUCAUCACGUGAGGUAUAGACGGAGGAGGGGAAGACACAUCGCUCUGUCAUCCUGUGUUUGCGAUAUACCUCACAUUAUGCAAUACCAACUAGCCCAUCAGUCUGGUGUUCUUUUGGUAAAAACAUCGUUAUAAAGUGCAUAUCUAUCCCAUUAUAGGUCAGGGCAAACUUUAACAAAAUUCUUGCUUUCUUGCAUAAAUCUUUUACACUCUGAUGCAUCAGUGUCGAAUAAGGGGUGUCGUUUGACUCACACUCUUGUCUCGGCGACAAUACACCUUCGUUGGACGCAGAAUUUGGUGGUGAGGAUGAAUAAAUCAUUUUUUCAC